ACCGUUUGCUCUAGUGGCUGUCAAUGGUAUUAUCACCAUCGUGCGUGUUGAUUGCUGAGCAGGUAAACUGUUUUUUGUCCUGUGAAAUUUGUCGUAUUUUCGUUUGUGAAUUGUCGAAACUCGUUCUUUGUUUUGUGUUCAAUUUGUUUCGGCGUGUACUAAACUAAACGGUACCAUGUCCGACGAAAGUUCCAGCGAUGAAUCAAAGAUCUACUUUGGAACACCUACAAUGGCCGAAAUGAAGCGGUACCUGAAGAGAUUGCAAAAGAAACCCAUGGACACUCGCGACCUAUCUCCAGACACGACGACGGAGGAGUCUUCGUUUGAGAUUGAUGAAAGUUUCCACGCCAUGAUUGAGCGGAAGCGAAAGGAACAGUUGGAAUCUAAAACGAAUUCUGUUUUCUCGGAAGAUAUAUCUGCGAUCUCGCGUUCGGUUGAUGAAUGCUCGGAGGAUGUGCGCUCUCGAGGAAACGAUUCAACCUUUAUCGAGCAGGAGUCGAUCCAUAAAACUACGGAUGAAAGUUUUGAAGAAAUGGAACGCAUUUGUUCUAUGAAUCAAAGUAAGCUGAGCACUUCUGAGAGACCCAUAGAAGAGGAGAGUGAUCUAUCAUUUAUAGGAAGCGGGGCAACUAACAGAUUAGAAGGACUGCCGUUAACGGAUGGAAGUUGUUUGCAGAAAACAGCUCCCAUUCAAAACCGUGACCAUAAAUCUAUUAAUUUGGCUGAUAUGACUCAAUUGGACGAAGUUGAGGAACCAUCUUAUUUAUGGGAAAACUCGGUUCAACACGGCCCUGGCAAGGGAAUCUCACCGGUGAAAAGAGUUCACAUGUUGCGACCAUCUACGAUCCUCGAAGAGGGAUCCAUUAACGAAACUGCUUCAAAUACUACCCCCAAAAAUACGUCAUUGGACAGUUAUGUCACAGCAAAGCAAAAUUUGAACAUGAGCGACAACAAUUCGAUUACCACCGGGAGCGAUAUAUAUCGAACAGCAGAGGAGGGAGACGACAACCGUUCCUCGACUGGUAUUGGAACGGUCAGCAGCUCAUUUGAAGGCUUUGAAGCAACGGUUAAUAAAACAACGAUAGAAGCAAGUCGAACUAAGAACGUCACGCUUGUAAUUCCCGAUGAGGAAGAUGAUGAGAAUGACGAUGACGAUGUCAUUAUUGUGCUGAGCUCAAGCGAAAGUGAGGAAGAAGAUGAAGAUGAAGUUUCAAUUGAUGAACCCUUACCCGAUAAGGCAUCUCCAGAAUCCAGACGACAAACGGACGAAUUUAUUUUGAACCACAGCAUAAAACUAGACACCGCUAGUAUAUUGGAUGAGACCGAUAGUCUGCAGGAAAACUCUCUCUGCCAGAACGAUUGCGAUAGCAUUGAAGCUCCCGCGUCGCCUCUUCUGGACGCAAUUCCGGAUCAUUUUAACGACACAUUUGAAGAAAUGGAAUUCAUGAUGCGUCAGGGAAUGAAGAUAAUGCAACAGCAAAAAGAUCAACAAGAAAAAUCUAAACAAACUGAACCAGCUUCGUAUAGUGCAACGAGAAUGCAAACGACACCGUUAACUCAGAUAGACAACAGUUCCAAUCGGUUUAUGAAAACGAACCAGAAUCUGGCCACUUGUAAGCAGACCCUGUUCUCGCAUAGCCCGAGUAGUACCAGCUCAGCUCAUAAACCACUUCUCACGCCAACAAGUGCUUCCAGCUGGGGCAAUUUUAAGAAACCUAUAAGCCGACCUCCUCCGGCUCCGAAGUCAGCUAAGAAAUUUGAUCAUAUUGUGUCUCCCAUUGGAGCUUACAUCAAGAAAACUCCCCAAACCGCACUUCAAGCACGUAUAUUUUGCCCCAACCAGAAUCUCAUCGAUGUUCUGAACAGCAAGAGAGACAACCGGGAAAGUGUGAUGAGCUCGAAGGAAAACUUCCACCAGUCGCAGUCGGUGGAUCCGUCCACGUACAGUUCGUCGUUACCUCGGAAGGGUGUGAUUAGUUCCCGUGGGGCUCACGUUCUGGAUGAACGCAACGCUGUUCGAAUACCCGGCGGAGAAAAAAUGCACAAACUGUUGAACAAUUCCCCGACCAUGGUCAUUCGACACGAGGGAAGGUUGAAGUAUGAGCGCGUGGCCCAACUUACGGACAACAGUGUGGCGGAUGACAGCUUGGCUGAUUUAUCGCUUGUUUCCGGUGAUGUCUCCGUUCGGGUGCUCAAAGAUGUAAAACGUUUUUAGAUAUUAGUGAGACGACUUUUGUCAAUUACUUUAAAUAAACUAAUAGUUUGUAGAAACAGGAAUAGAAAUAUAACCAUAUACAUGCCCUUUUGUGCUUCGGCAUAUUGAAAACCAUU